ACAAACCGACCUGGACACGUCGACACGAUCACAUGGUCCAUCAUCCUGGGCCCACAAGUCAUAGAGCCAACGAACUUCAAUUCAGCCAUCCCCAACAAAUCGCAUCGUUACUCCUCUUCCUCUGCCUGCCGCCCCCAAUCGCCGGCGAUGCCGCGCCCCGCCGCCUCCUCCUCCAGCCGCCCUCCGCCGGAAGGCGAGCCGGCCUCGAGCCGCGCGACCUCCUCUGCGGAGUCCUCCAUCGCGUCCCUCAUCGACCGCGCCACCUCCACCACCUCCCCCUCCGUCGACCCGGCCCUCCUCCGCGCCAUCAAGUCCGCCGCCCGCGCCUCCGACGGCGCCAUCCGCGACGCCUUCCGGAUCCUCCUCUCCCUCAUGUCCAAGCCCCACGCCCACGUGCGGCUGCUCGCGUUCAUCAUCGCCGACGAGCUCUUCAUGCGCUCGAAGCUCUUCCGCUCCCUGCUGACCGACGUGCUGGACGGCUUCCUCCCGCUCGCCGUCGGCUUCCGCCGCGCCCACCCGCUCCCGCCGCCCGCUGCCUCCGCGACCCUGCUCCGCAAGGCCGCCGUCCAGGCGCUCGAGCGCUGGCACCACCUGUUCGGCGCGCACUACCGCCAGCUCCGCCUCGCCGUCGAGUACCUCAAGGAGUCCGCCCGGGUCCAGUUCCCCGGCCUCCGUGCCGCCGUCGAGGCUCGUGCCGCGCGGGAGGCUCGCACGCAGGAGAUCUUAACUGCAAAGGUCGAGCAGUUGCGCCGAAACCUGGCAGCGAUUAAGGCUGAAAUCCGCUCCGCGAUUGAUGAGAUCCGCAAUGGGUUGGAUAUCAUUCGCAUCGAGAGUGAAAAAUUUAACAAUUAUGCAAAUGAUGAGGAUGAGGAGCAGGAGAUUGCCUCUUUGGCGAUGCGGAGUAUUAGGAUGGCUUCUUUGAUGGCUGGGGAGUGGGUUCCUGAGACUCAGGAGAAUGAAGCAGUUUUCGACGCGUUGAGGGAGUCAUAUCGGCUCCUUGUGUCAAAGCAUUUGGUCACAGUUCAGGAAUGGAUAUCUGUGCUGGUUAGGGUCAAUCUCGCAGAUAAUCGUUUCAGAGAUUCUGCUUUGAAGGAAUUCAUUGAUGUUAAGAAUGAAAUACGAGCGGUGAGAAAUCGGUGUAGUGAGCUUGGUCUUAAUCUUGACAAUGUCCAUAGGCGGAAGGGUGUUCAGGAGGAAGAGGAUGAUGACUUUUGGGUUGAGGGGAAUAUUGAGGUUCCUAGCCCUGGUAGAGUAGGUACCAGUGCAGAUGUUGCAAGUAGCAGCAAGGACACUAGAAAGGGAAAGAAGCCAGUAGGUGGCACGGAUACUGAUGAUGGCAAGGCACCUAAUGCUGGCAAUAGUCCUCAAGAGCUGGAUCCAGAGAGGGCAAAGCUGCAUGCAGAAGCCCCUGUGCUGCCAUGGAGCUCUGUUUUGGAUCGUUGGGGUUCUAACAGGGAUGCACUUGUAAACCAAAGGGGACUUGAGCUCGAGAGCCAUUGGGGAAGGGUGGAUAAUGAUGCUGUUAUACCUGCUGCAAAGAUUGCAGAAUUAAAUGUUCAUAGUUCAAUAUAUAGAGAAGAUCCAGUUGAGAUUCUACCAUGCCUUGCACCUCUGAAGAAAGGAGGCCUUUGCCAGAGAAGAGAUCUCAAGAUAUGCCCGUUUCAUGGGCCUAUUGUUCCACGAGAUGCCGAAGGAAAUCCAAUUCAUCAGAGUGAUGGCCAUUGUGAUGCAGAAGGAAAUCCAGUUGGGCAGACUGAUGGCCAUUAUGAUGCAGCAGUAAGUCCUAUUGAUCCGAAUGAAGACAGUUCUGAUGUAAGAGAAAAUAUGAUUAUGCCAGAUGGAAGCAGUGAUGGUGAAUGUAUUUAUGAGUCCUCUCCUUCAAGAACGGCAAACAUAAAUAAUGACAUUAGCGACAGCGAUGUAGGUCAUGACCUCGGUAAAAUUACAGUGGAGCAGUUGGCGAGACAGGCAGUGCAGAAUGUCCGGAAAAGAGACAGGGAUGACAAAAAAGCUCUGGAAAAAGCCCAACGAGCGAGAAUUCGUCAGCAUAAUCAAGAUGUUUUGCGGGAAGCGGCUCUUGCUUCAACCUCGCGCUCAGCGGCAGACUAUGACCUCCCUUCGCCAGCAGUGUCUCGACGGGGACGCCGAGGUAAGACAAAGGGACCAACACUGGCAUCGAUGCUGAAGAAGAAAGUUACUUCCAAAGAUAGAAUUGCAGAGAGGCUUCUGAAUGCUCGAGCUAGGGAUGCGACAAUAAGAGAAGUUUCACAUACUGAAGAUAUGAGCUACAGAGAAGCAUUCCCAAAUCAAUGGUAGUAUAAGAAGCCUAAUUUUUGCUGAAUAGGUUGGUGAAUCGUCAUGAUAAGAGUGAAUCAAUAAUUCUUUCUGUGCGCAGUUUUCAGUUAACCACAUGUCUUCUUGAGUUGCCCAGAUACAAGUAAAAUUGUAGGUUUUCAUUGUGAAGUUUAGUUUUUGUACAGUACAGUAGAUUGAAUAAGUUUCUUUUAUUUCUUUUGCAUGUUCAUUUUCCCUUUGUAAACAUGUAUAUGUACCACUCCAUACUUGCUGGAUUAAUAACUAUAUACGCUGAGGCUGCAGUUCAAAUUGUGUUA